AUGCCUAAAAACCUGACGAGUCCCCAGGAAGCUGCACCUUGUCAGGACAAGUCUUUACAGGCCCAGCCAGAGCACAGCGAGAGCACAGCCAGAGAACAGUCAGAGCACAGCCAGAGCACAGCCAGAGAACAGCCAGAGAACAGCCAGAGCACAGCCAGAGAACAGCCAGAGCACAGCCAGAGCACAGCCAGAGAACAGCCAGAGCACAGCCAGAGAACAGCCAGAGCACAGCCAGAGCACAGCCAGAGCACAGCCAGAGCACAGACAGAGCACAGCCAGAGCACAGCCAGAGCACAGCCAGAGCACAGCCAGAGCACAGCCAGAGCACAGCCAGAGAACAGUCAGAGCACAGCCAGAGAACAGCCAGAGAACAGCCAGAGAACAGCCAGAGAACAGUCAGAGCACAGCCAGAGCAUAGCCAGAGCACAGCCAGAGCACAGCCAGAGAACAGUCAGAGCACAGCCAGAGAACAGCCAGAGCACAGCCAGAGAACAGCCAGAGCACAGCCAGAGAACAGCCAGAGAACAGCCAGAGAACAGCCAGAGAACAGCCAGAGCACAGCCAGAGAACAGCCAGAGCACAGCCAGAGAACAGCCAGAGAACAGCCAGAGAACAGCCAGAGAACAGCCAGAGCACAGCCAGAGAACAGCCAGAGAACAGCCAGAGAACAGCCAGAGCACAGCCAGAGCACAUCUCUGA